AUGUUUCGCUACGAUGACAUGGAAUUUGGCUCCUCCAUGCUUCGAGCUGCGAACCGUCGCUUCGACGAGUACUACCGCUGCUACCCCGUCGCAAUGAUGCCCGGUCCCGAGAGAGAGAACGUCAACCAUGGCGGCAAGGUGAUCAUGCCUCCGAGUGCCCUGGACAAGUUGACUCGCCUUCAUAUCACAUAUCCAAUGAUGUUCGAGCUUCACAAUGGUGCGAGAGAGUUGAUGACACAUGCUGGUGUGUUGGAGUUUAUCGCUGAGGAGGGGAAGAUCUACUUGCCAUACUGGUUGAUGCAGCGAUUACUCCUCGAACCCGGUGAUCUCCUCCAGAUCAAGUCCACCGACCUCCCACCUGGCCAAUUCAUCAAACUUCAAGCCCAGUCAACCGCCUUCCUCGACAUCAGUGAUCCUAAAGCAGUCCUCGAAAAUGCCUUUCGCAACUUUUCAUGCCUUACCAAGGGUGACGUCUUCACUUUUUCCUACAAUGAUCAAGUGUACGAGAUGGCUGUUUUGGAGACCAAGCCCGACGGGAAGAGCGCCGUAUCCGUUUUGGAAACAGAUUUGGAGGUUGAUUUUGCACCACCUGUUGGGUAUGAAGAGCUUCAGAAGCCCAGCGGAACAAGUACUCCUCGCAGCGGCGUGAGCGGAAAGCUUCCAUCCGGCGGUCUACUUCAUCCCCAGGGCACGAUGGCACAAUCGAUCAACUACGCCGCCAUUGCGCCAGAGUCCACUGAAGCCGCCGCAGGCGCCAAGGCAGUGUCAUCCAACUUCCUUUCAGGAGGUCACCGUCUGAAUGCGAAGAAGGGUAGCAAGACUCCGACACCACAGCCUUCCACACCUGCCCCGGGAACAACGAAUCCUCAGCAUCCCCCGCCAGCUCGCAGGACGAAUGGACCUCAGCCCUUACGACUGCCACCCAAUCAGCUGUUCUUCGGCUAUGCGAUCAAGCCUGUGAAGAAGCGUGAUGAAAAGGGACAGGUGGUUGAAGAAGAAGAGAAGCCCCGAUUCCAGGGAGCCGGUCAGACACUGCGUGGAAAGAAGAAAGAUACCGGGCGCUCCGAAACACCCGCGGGGAGCUAG